AUGAGGAGAUCAGUGGGGAAAAGCAGCGGAUCACAUGAAUUCCCUGCGCCUGAAAAUCAAUAUCCUUGGUUAGUGUAUCGUCAUGGAGAAGAUACAAAAUAUCAAACGUUUUGUACCAUCAAAUCAUCAUCUUCAGGAGGAAGCGCCGCCACCGUCAAGAAAAUCUCGGAAUUACGGCGGCAAGGGAUAGUUUAUUGUUCCCCUGAUGGAAACAGGAUACUUUUGACAAAGUUCACUCCAGGAUCGCAACAGUUUUAUGCGUGCAGUGUUAAAGAGGACGAAGUAAUCCACUUGCCUCUUCUCGGACCACGUUUUGAAUCUAACAUUAUUCAUCAUGGAUUAAUGAUGGUCAACACAGAUUCGUGGUCCUCUUUGUUGGUACUUUUAUUUGUUGAACAGAGUCCUUUGUUGUUAUAUUUCCAAGUUGGUGACCUUGACCGGAAGUGGAAGGAGUUCAAUUAUGCUCAAAGCAUUCAAGCGCAAACGGGUUACCCUCUUAAACCACAAUAUUUCUUGUGCAGUCCUGUGAACUUCAAUGGCACAAUAUACGCCACGGCCUCCGGUUGUACAGAUCUGUCAUCGACAUCUUGUCUUGCUCCAAAUCCAUAUGUGGCGAAUAGAAUCUAUUUUCCAAAAUUCUAUAAGGAUGAAUUGGUGUAUUAUUCUUUAAGCACAAAGAGAUAUCAUUCUGCGGGGAGCCAACAAGAAUUGCAAAGUAUUAAUGAAACCAUCAAGUUCGUGGAUUGUGCUUGGAUUCAGCCUAGCUGGACGUGA